AUGGGCUCCACGCCUGUGUUAAGAACAAAAGAAGAAGAAGAAGCUAUCAACGCUCUGCCAGAUGCCCCUGACACAUUCAAACCAAACGAAAACUGGCAAACAUUUGCAAGUGUAACAGCAGCUUCUUUUGUUGUCAGCAUUCUAAACCAAUGCAAUGACUUUGAAGAUUGGCCACAUUACCAAGAUGGUCGAAAUAAAGAAUCGUCUCCGCGUGACGCUUUAACUCCAAAGAAAGGAAAAACUCGUUUAACAGUCGAGCAAGGAGUUCCCAGUGACGAAGAUUUAGAGUGGCUUUCGCACCAACUCGAAAAUUGGGAGGAACUCGGGCGUCGUCUCGAAAUUGAGGAAGCAACUUUAACGGCGUUUGACGAUGACUAUAAGAAAAAGCGUAAAAAAAUCUACAAAAUGUUACUACAUUGGAAACAGAAGGAUGGCUCAGCUGCAACAUACAAGGUCUUACAUGAUGCAUUGUGUCAUGAAUUUGUUAAGCGCACAGAUUUAGCUGAGAAACUUUGCUGUCAACAGCAUGAAUGA